AUGGAGCUGCGCGCGGGGGCCAAGCUGCUGCUGCUGCUGCUGUUGUGGGUGACGCGCUGCGGACAGACAGGAGCAGGUGGGCCCAGUGGCUUCACGUCGGUCAUCGAGGUGACUAAUGGGGGCCCCUGGGGCGACUGGGCCUGGCCCGAGAUGUGUCCUGACGGAUUCUUCACCAGUGGAUUCUCGCUCAAGGUGGAGCCUCCCCAAGGCAUUCCUGGCGACGACACGGCUCUGAAUGGGAUCCGACUACACUGUGCUCGAGGGAAUGGGGAGCUCAACAAGCACGUGGUGGAGUCCCAGUCUGGAAGGUGGGGCGCGUGGAGUGAGCCUCUGUGGUGCCCGGGAGGCGGCUUCCUUGUGGCGUUUUCGCUUCGCGUGGAGGCCCCUGUGACCCCUGGGGACAACACGGCGGCGAACAACGUGCGCUUCCGCUGCUCCGACGGCUCGGAGUUGGAGGGGCCUGGCUUGGCCUGGGGAGAGUUUGGAGACUGGAGCGACCCAUGCCCCAAAGGCGCGUGCGGCUUGCAGACAAAGAUUGAACCGCCUAGAGGCCUCCGCGAUGACACCGCGCUUAACGACGCGCGCUUAUUCUGCUGCCGCAGCUGA